AUGCCGGUGACCGUGCACGCCUGCACCGCGCCGCCGCCGCCGCCGCGUAAGGACCCGUUCCCUCCCUUCUCUCCCUCGCCGCCCCCCUCUCCUCCGCUGCCUCCGCCUCCGCCAGGCUCGCCGCCGCUGCCUCCCUCCCCAUCGCCACCCCCAGCGUCCCCGCCCCCGCCGCCCGGGUCGCCACCGCCGCCUCCAUCCCCGUCGCCGCCGCCAGCGCCGUUUCUACCGCCGCCGCCGCCCUCGCCACCGCCGGCGCCCAAGCCUCCCCCCUGGCGCGGAAAGCCGAACAUCAUUCUCAUCAGCGUCGACGACAUGGGCUACGGCGACCCCUGCUCAUAUCACCACGGCUGCGCCAUCCCCACUCCCAACAUCGACAGGCUGGCGAGUGAGGGAGUGCGAUUCACCGAUGGGUACGUCACCGCCCCCGUCUGCGGGCCCAGCCGCGGUGGGCUGCUGACGGGUGCGUACCAGCAGCGCUUUGGCAACCAGGGCAAUAACGACUACGCCUAUCAGAUUCCAGGACAGCACAAGACGAUGCCAGAAGCGCUCAAGGCCGCCGCGCGCUACCACACGGGCAUGGUUGGCAAAUGGAACAUGCCGCGCCGGGCGGAGCACGUCUUUGACGAGAUGGACGACGUGAUGGUCUGGGCGGGUGAGUACUGGCCAAUCGAGGGGGAGGAUUACGUCGGGGUGGACGGGGUCAACCCAAUGGCGGUGACGGGGCUUCCGCAUUGGGGGCCAGCCCGCCCGGGAGACGAGUACCUCACCGACCGGCUCACGCGCAAGGCGGUCGAGUUCAUCCAGCGCAACCGCUGGAAAGACUUCUUCCUCUACCUAGCCUACAAUGGUCCGCACGACCCGUGGCAGGCCAAGCAGGUACACAACGUGCAGUACUCGUACGUCCAGCCGGAGCCCAAGCGCAUCUACGCCGGCAUGGUGGCCGCCAUCGACGAGGGCAUCGGACGCGUGCUGAGCACGCUUGAUCAGUAUGGCCUCGACGGCGGCAAGACGCUGAUCGCCUUCCUCUCCGAUAACGGCCCCGACUUUGGCCGGCGCGGGCAGCACGGCUGGGAGGCGCACUGGCCCAGCCACAUCAUGAUGGGCGACCCUGGCCCAUUCAGCGGCUCAAAGAACCAGUUCUGGGAGGGAGGCAGCCGCAUCCCCUUCAUCCUCCGCUGGCCGGGCGAGAUCGCCGCCGGGAGCAUCUACCGCCAGCAGGUCAUGUCCUUCGACCUUCUGCCGACCUUCAUCGCCGCCGCACACGGUCGGAUGCCGGCCGGGACCGACAGCGACGGGGUGGACUUGCUGCCCUACGUGCGCGGGUACAGCGGCGGUAGCCCGCACGAUAUCCUCUUCUGGAAGGGCGAGAAGCAGGGCGCCGCCCGCAUGGGCGACUGGAAGUACCUUCGCGGCUACCCGCCCGGCUCGCACCAGCUCUUCAACCUGAAAACCGACAUCAAGGAGUUGCGCGACGUGUCGCAUGCAAACGGCGCCAUCUUCUCGGAGCUCACGAGCCGCUGGAAGGCGUGGUGCAUGACGCUGCCCAGGUCUCAUAGCGGUGCCAGCCCAGCUGGAGACUGCAACUGA